AUGUCGGUCGGUGGAGGUAAAUUUAAAAAGAAAGGCGAGAGAAAGCGCUACUUUGAACCGCAAUCGGAAGAGCCAAACUCAGCUGUGCAAGCAAACAGUGAUGUGAAAACUCGGCCGGGAAAAAUAAUAUUCGAUGACGAUGGUGAGCAACGUGUGGUACCGAUUGAUUACACGACCGAGGAGACCGGUAAGCGCAAACAUGUGCCUGCGACCGGGAAUUCAGACGGUGAAGACGAUGAAACCGAUGACCAGCUAGCCAAGCAAUGGUACAAGCAUUACGAAGCGUACAAUCAGAUAGGCCAACUGGAGGAUAUGAAGGAUGCAGAGAUAGCGGAACUAAGGCGUGUUUGUCGGACGGCAUUUGAAACGGAAUGCCGUAACCGUAAGAAGAAUGAUCCAUCGGAUGGGAAAUGGUUAAUUAGCGCUCUGGAAAAGGGUACUUUGCGCGAUCGAGCCAAUGCCGGUGCGCUGCUCGUGCAAACGAAUCCAUUCUGCCACCUGCAGGCGCUAGAUACACUGGUGGGCAUGGUGAAAACCUCGAACAAGGGCUACCUGGACGUAGUCGAGGUGUUGACCGAGUUGAUGCUGAAGUCUUUGAUGCCGUCGCACCGCAAACUGAUCACGAUGCCGAUGCGUGGUUCCGACUGGAAGCAUUUACAAAAGCAGGGAGACAUGGAAAAAUCCGAACGGGAUACGAUCUACGCCCAUUGGCACUUUGAGGAUCAGUUGCGCGAGCAUUACUUCACAUUCGUUAGCAACAUCACCACGAUCCUGCACUCGGGACAGGAAGACGGCAAACUGAAGACGAUCGGUUACGCCGCAAAACUGUUGGCCAACGUACCGGAAAUGGAACGUUUAAUGCUGACAGCGCUGGUGAACAAACUGGGCGAUCCGUCGCGUAAGGUUGCCUCAAAGGUGCUGUACCACCUGCAGCAGAUUGUCCGUCAACAUACACUCAUGUCAUUGAUCGUGACGUGCGAAGUAGAAAAGCUGCUGUUCCGUAACAAUCUGGCCCUUUCGGCGCAACACUUUGCACUGUCCUAUCUGGCGUCGAUCGCAUCGUUUGGUGAUUAUGCAACGUGCCAAAAGAUGAUCAACAUAUGCUUUGCAUUCUUCAAAAUUCUUACCGAAAAGGGCGAGAUCAAUUCACGCACAAUGCAAUCCAUUCUCACCUGUCUCCGGAAAGCGAUCAAGAAUGUGAAGCGGAAUGUGGAUCUGGCGGAGGUGGUGGAUCCGAAGCUGCUGAAUGUUAUUCACCGCAUGGUACAUUUGGCUGACAUAUCGAUUGGUUGCCAGAGUUUGUCGCUGCUGCUGGAGAUCACCGAGCGAAAGGGCCGAGAGCAGAACCGGUUUUACAACGCGCUGUACCGGAAGUUGCUAGAUCCACAACUUGCGUUCGUUGGGCCACGCAUAUCGAACAUUUUCUUCUACAUUCUCCAUCGGGCGAUACAGACCGAUCCUUUUCCGCAGCGUGCCCAGGCGUUUGUGAAGCGUUUGCUGCAGGUUGCGUUCCACUUUCCGGCAGCCCGGCUAUGUGGAGCGCUGAUCGUGAUCAGUAAGGUAUUGCGAAAGCGUAAAACGCUGCUGCUGGAUGGGCUAGAACCACCGACAGAUGAUGCGUUGGUUGUUGUUCCGGAAGAACCGAACCCGGACGCAAAUGACGAAGCAGGGGAAAAUACCGGGGAAGGAGGCGAAAAGGUACCCACGAAUGCGGCACCAAUACGAGUGCCAAAGAAGUACGAUGCAUUCGGUCGGUCGUCUGAAUAUGCUGGAGCGCAGUACACACUGAAGUAUGAACUUGUACGUUAUCUUUCCUACUUCCAUCCAACGGUGCAAAAGUUUGCACAAUCUAUCCUCACUAAUUCUGCCUUGACGUACUACGGUGAUCCAUUGGUGGACUUCUCACUGGGUCGUUUCCUCGAUCGGUUUGCGUUCAAGAAUCCGAAAAAACCUCGAACAGAGAAGGAUGAAAACGGUGAGGAACGAUUGCGUCCACGAAUACUCGGUGUCGCUCAGCGGAAGAGCGAUUACGCACCGACUGGAUUCCGUGCCCUGCCCGUGAAUUCACUCACCAAGGAUCAAUGUGCGGAAGAUGAUGAAUACAUUUUCAAGUUCCUGGAACAGAAGCGAUUCCGAAUCCAGCGGGCUAAGGAGCGUAACCAGGCGAAGGGCAAAACAGCGGAAGAUGAUAUCGAUUCGGACGUUGAUUCGCUUAACGAUGAUGAGUUCGAUGCCUAUCUGGACACACUGGGUGUGCCGGGUGCAAGUCAUGAUGCGGACGUUGACGGUGAAACAGAUGUGGACUUUAUGCAGGAGCUCGAACAGGAGAUGACAAAGGAACGGAAGGCUAAAAAGGGUCGUCGCGGUGAAGAGGAUGACGAGGAGGACGAUAUGGACGGGCUGGACGAUUGGGACGAUGUGGACGACGAAGCCGAGGAUAGCAACCAAGAGGAUGCAUCGGACGAUGAUCGACCACGUGCCGGACGCAUUCGUCGUGAUCCGAUCGAUGAGGAUGGAGAAUUUAGCGACGGUGGAAGCAUUUCGCUAGAUGAGGACGACGAUUUUGAUGGGGAUAAAAUGAUGGAUGACGCAUCGGACGGCGACGGAUCAGACGAGGAGGAGGAGGAGGAACCGGUCCCGAAGAAGCGUAAGAAGCUUUCCUCCAAAACGGGCGGUGGAUUGGUAAGCGAACGAGAGUUUGCUCGGAAGCUGAAGACGGCGGACAUGAGCUCGUUGUUCGCGGCGGCCGAUGACUUUUCCCAAUUGCUCGAGAGUAAUGUGGAAUCGGCGAUGGAUGAUAAGCGCGGUGGCAAGAAGAAGGGUGGUGGUUCUAUCAACAAGGCAGCAAAGAAGCAGCUGUUUGAUAGUCACGGUACGGAGGCCGAAGUAUUCAAUCAGGAUGAAUCGUCGGUGAAACAGUUGGCCUGGGAAGCGACGCGGUUUAGUGAUCGCAACAGUAAGAAGAUGGGACGAGGAGGAAAACAUUUCGGUGGACGUGGUGGUGGAGCAGGUAGGUCGCAUUUCCAGAAGCGUGGAGGUGGUAGCCGGGGUAGAGGACGUGGCAAACUGUUCCGCGGUCGAGGAAGACCUACGGGCCGUACGUAA